AUGCCAACUGACACACGCUCUAACCAAACAACCAGUAGUAGUGUCUCCACUGCUCUUAGAAAUGCAGCAAAAGCUUGUGACGAGUUUCAGUUACUUGUUCCAAGGGAUGUAGGAAUUAUUCCUGGUGAUGUGGCGAUUGGUGGUGGUGGUAGUAGUAGCAGUACUACUGGUUUUCAUCAUCAUAUACACCACCACCACGGACAAUCUACUGGAAAUCAUGCAAGAAAAUUUAAAAAAAACCAAGUAAAAGAUCCUAAUGCUCCAAAAAGACCCAACACUGCGUAUAUUUUAUUUAGCAAUGAGAUUCGUCCAGAAACUAAGCUUGCUAAUCCAAAAGCUAACCAAAAAGAAAUUGUCACCCUAAUUGGACAAAAAUGGAAAGCGCUUUCCAGGGAGCAAAAAAAGGUUUAUGAAGAUCGUUAUUUUGCUGAUAAAGAGAAAUAUGACGAAGAACUUCGUGCAUAUAGAGCAACACAUGGUCAUGUUGAAUCACCAAUUUCAACAUCAUCAAACGAAGACAAUGGUGAAAGUUCAAGCAAUCUUAAUAAUAAACAAGAAAAGAAAAGUUCUUCUUCCACUCCAAUUUCAGCACAACAAAUAAUGUCUACCUCUGUCAUUGGAGGAGGAACUUCCGAAACAAAUACAAGCACUACUAAUCCCUCUCAAAUAUUAGAUCCUCAAUUAUAUUCAAUGCAAGAGGUAGUACCAGUUGAUAAAACAACAGCUUCUUCAAAUAUGCUAGAAGUUUCUUCCGCAAAUAUCCCUGGGAAUAACAAUAAUUCAAAAAAGCGAACAUUAUCUGAAAGUAACAAUGAUGAUUAUUCAGAUGAAAGUGAAACAAUAAAUGGGGAGAAUGCGUCAACUUCAAAAAGAACUCGUGGUGGCGGUGAUGCUAGAAAAGCUCAAGAAGAUGUCUUUAGUCCUCCAGAUGACAAUGUAGAAGCAAUUGAGGAACAGGAUGACUCUCUAACCAGAAGACAAAGGUCUAAACGUGGUGGUGGUGGCAACAGUGAUCCUACAAAUGGAACCAAAACUACACAAAUAAUCACUGCACCAAAACCUACUAAUACUCGCAGUAGACGUACUGCUAAAUCUUAA